GUUGACUGUAUUCCCUUAUCUCAUCACAUGCUCUCAUAGCAAGCAAUUACUAAUCCUCAACCCCAGGUCCACUUUUUCCCAUUCCACCCACAAGUCCAACAACUGCCACCGUCAACCACCGCACGCCGCCAUAUCACUCCGGCAACAGGUCAACCAUCUCUCUCUCCUUAUGAGAAGUAGAGAAGAAGUCCUUGGCAGAACAUUGUUGUUAGUAAUUGUUAUAGUGCGCACCCUCCUCGUGGGUGGUCUCUGACACUGUUGGCAGAAUCCAGCAAGUCACAUUCUCGCAAACACACACAGCACGUGUUUACUAAAUUUCUUAUGGCAUUUAUUAUCAAGUCACACUUGUUCUGUCCCACUUGCCACCAUUUUUGAGCUUCACUCGCAUCACAACACAACACAACGCAUCUCAAGACAAGACCAAUGACGAGAAAGGUCUCGAAUUUCUCGGAUCUGAUCCAAAGGGUCACCGCCUCUUGCCUCCUCCACCCCCUCGCCACCGCCGCCGCCGCCGUCAAGGAAGACGACAACUCGCCUUACGAGUCCGAGGACAACCGGAACGACUCAGAGGAAGAAGAAAAUGAGAAUGACGACGAGUACGAGGAUGAAGAGAGAUUGGUGGGGCCCUUGAAGGCUUUCAAAGUAAAACAGAUGGAGGCACUGAUGGAACAAGUGUUCGAAACGGUGUCGUCGAUGAAGAGAGCCUACGUGAGGCUUCAGGAGGCGCAUUCGCCGUGGGACCCGGAGAGGAUGAGGUCUGCUGACGUGGCGGUGGUGUCGGAGCUCCGGAAGCUUGCCGUGCUCAGGGAGAGGUUCCGACGGAGCGGCGGCGGCGGCGACGACGACGGGAGGAGAAAGGGGAGGAGGAGAGGUGGCGGUGGUGGGGUUGCGUCGGUGAGGGAGGUGGUGGCGCCGUACGAGGCGGUGGUGGAGGAGCUGAAGAAGGAGGUGAAGGUGAAGGAUAUGGAGGUGAAGAAUCUGAGGGAGAAGCUUGAUAGUGCUGUUGCUCUCACUACUAAUGGAAGUGCUGAAAAGAAGCCUGGGAGGUCUCUGUCUAAGAGGAAACUGGGAAUUCAAGCAAUGGCAGCAGUACCAACCCCUGAACUCUUUGAAGCAACAAUGGUGCAAGUGAGAGAAGCCUCAAAGUCUUUCACAUCUCUGCUACUGUCUCUCAUGCACAAUGCACAUUGGGACAUAACAGCUGCUGUUCGUUCUAUUGAAGCUGCUACUGCCUCCACUGACAAAUUCCAUAAUACUUCUUCAACCACGUCCAUUGUCUCGGCUCACCAUGCCAAGUAUGCCCUUGACUCCUACAUUUCCAGGAAAAUCUUCCAAGGGUUCGACCACGAGACUUUCUACAUGGAUGGCAGCCUCUCCUCCCUCCUCAACCCUGACCAGUUUCGCCGUGAUUGCUUCACUCAGUACCGCGACAUGAAGUCCAUGGAUCCUACCGAGCUUCUUGGAAUCUUGCCAACAUGUCACUUUGGCAAAUUCUGUUCCAAGAAGUACCUUGCCAUUGUCCAUCCCAAGAUGGAGGAGUCCUUGUUUGGGAACUUGGAGCAGCACAAUCAUGUCCAAGCAGGAAACCACCCCAGGAGUGAGUUCUACAAUGAGUUUCUAGGGGUGGCCAAGGCAGUGUGGUUGCUUCAUUUACUGGCAUUCUCGUUGAACCCUGCACCAAGUCAGUUUGAGGCAAGCCGUGGAGCUGAGUUCCAUCCCCAGUAUAUGGACAGUGUAGUGAAAUUUUCAGGCGGGCGAGUGCCGGCUGGUCAGGUUGUAGGGUUUCCAGUUAGCCCUGGAUUUAAGCUUGGGAAUGGCUCUGUUAUAAAGGCCAGAGUUUAUUUGAUAGCCAGAACAUAAAGUUUUUCUGAGGGGAAAUUCUUUUUGCACCAUUUUCUUUUCUGGUUCCACCCUAUCACUUGUUUUACAUUCCAUAAAUUAGUUUCUAGAAUACUAGAAACUAAUUUCCGAAAUGUAUAAAAAGAAAAAAAAAAGAAGGGGGUGUGAAGAGAAUAAAGAGGGUGCAAAUAGAAUUACUCUUUAGUUAGUCUUGUAUUAAAGAAACUGAUUAGAGUGAUCCAAAUAUUUUCCUAGCAGGAUUACUGGGCUGUUGAUGUAAUAUGAAAAAUCCUUAGGCUGGCUGGGUUAUUGAUUUCCAGGUGAUUGAGUCUGACCUUGGAAGUCAUUCUGAUAUAGCUCAUUCCCAAACCUACAUUAGCAAGCUAUUAUUUUCUUCUCUGAA